UCCACCCCCCAGUCAGAUUUAAGGGGCGCGUUUGUCGCACCAGGAAUCAGAGAUUCCAGGCAUGACUUCAUACGGGACCAUUGUGUUUAACCGUGAUUCUCAAAAAGACGAGAGAGGCGAGGACAAAGCCAGAAACUUUAUGGGGUCACAUCUGCAGCGACUCCCAAUGAUCAAUGAUUCCACCCAUGUUCUACUGUACUGUGUAUUCAUUUGAUAAUACACGCUCCCUCUUUUGCUCUCCGACCCCGCGACCCAUCCAUCCGUCCGCCAUCCGAGACUCCUCUGGCCCCAUCUUACCAAGUUGAUUCCACACGCCAUCGCUCCCGUCCCCUAACCAAAGCGGCUACCAGUAAAACAAGACCAACUGCACCAUGUCUAGUCACAUAUUCAGGAUUUUCAAGCCCGACGAGACCAAGGAGGACCGCGUCCAGAGGCGCCGCGACCAGCUGCGUGAUGCCCAAAAGAACUACCGGGACCGCAAGACCAGGUACACGCGCUCGCUCGAGCAGGAGCUCUCGCGGCUGCGGGCCAGCGAGGCGAGCCUGCUCCGCGAGGUCGGCCGCCUCCGCUCCGCGGUCCAGGGCCUCACGCUGUCCAUGCGCCACAACGGCCUGGACGCCCUGGACGACUCGGACGCCACCUCGCCCCCGGGAAGCCUGGGGUACGGCGGCGGCGGCGGCGGCUCGCCCCUAGGGAGCCUAGGAUAUGCCGGCAUCGAUGACGUGAUGGGAUCCGUCACGAGCGGCACGGCGAGCGAGGCUAGCACGCACUUGGACCAGCUCUCGCCCAGCUUCUUCUCCUCCCAGCUCGGGCCGCCCCGGGGCGGCCGCCGCCCGUCCCCGCCACAGCACCACCACAGCCGCUCGCCCGAGUCCACCGCCACCACGGACGUGUGCCUCGGCGGCUGGGACAGGGGCGUCGACGUCGCCAGCCCCGGCGUGCGCGUCUGCGACGUGGACCCCGUCGGCGCCGGCAUGGACUUUGUCUUGACCAUCGAGCGGCCGUGCCUGGGCCACCUCCACGGCGACCCCUCCAAGCCGGGCGACCCGGACGGCCACGCCCUGACAGCCUCGUCCCACAUGCUCUGCGUGAGCAAAAACAGCCCCGGCAACGGCGGCGGCGGCGGCGGCGGCGGCGGCCCCUCGGCCCGACACCACCACCAACAACAACAACAACAACAACAACAACAGCAGCAGCAGCAGCAGCAGCCGCCGCCGCCCGGGACCGUGUGCCGGGACGUGCCGUCGGCCGUGCUCGAGUCGCUGCUCAGCCUCUCGUCGGAGCUGGCGGCCGAGCACGAGGUCACGCCCGUCCAGGCCUGGAACUCGAUCCGCCACCGCCCGCAGUUUGGCGGGCUCGAGGUCCGGAGCCUGGGCCGGCUCGCCAGGGGCCUUCGGGACGCCGUCAAGUGUCACGGCUUUGGCGCCGUCAUCGACCGGAGAGUGUUCGACAAGCUCGUCUCGCAGUUUCUAUUCGACGGGAGUCCCUUCUAGGGCCUCGGUCUCCGUAUUACCUCGUUUCGAACAAAAGGUUGCGCUCCAGUUCCGAGGCUGGGCUAGCCGUGCAACAAAAAUUUGGGCGCAGAGUUACAUAGCUCUAACCAAGAGACACGGUUCCCCUGAGAGAGCCCCGGCCCGACUUUGAGUCCUGGGCAGCAUAGAACCUACCGAUCAACACGGGCUACGGUUCCCUUUGAUUUUGUUCUGGAAACACGCCGGGUGGGCCCCGGGCUGCUCGUCCCCAAGUCUAUAUCCUACCCAUCCACCCAAGGACCCAACGUGGGCCAGAGCACCUCCAUGGAGGUCAGGAAUACGGAAAAAUCCGAGCCCAUCAAGUCCGCGGCGCCGCGAACCUUGACCCACCGAGGUAAAAACCCGCCAUUCCAGAACUCCGAGAGCUCUUACGGCUGCCAUGGUGGCGCUACUUUGCUUCUACCCAUACUUCAGCCCACCAAGUGGCAACACAAGUCGGUCUGAUGUCAAGGUCGCAGGAUCCCAUGGUAACUCGGGCAGUUUACAACAUCAUUUUACCGUUCUCUCCGCCCGUUCUGGUACAUGAGUAGCCCCGGCCUUCUAUCGAGCAGGGCCAUACCAGCCUCCGGACAGACGCCUCGAAACCAUCUCUCCCCAUUGCGCAAGGCGUGUUGGGGCUCAAAACAUAGCCGUGAAGGCAAAUUCACUGCCAACCACACAUGCGAUCUAGGAUCAAGAAAUGUUAUUUGUCAUGGGGAGUCCGCCCCCUAGAAUACAAGGCCCA